AUGGCUGCGGUGGCUCCAGCCUUGUCAUCUUUCCAGGGUUUCCCUGCUCUCAGCCGAAUGCCAGAGCCCAAGAAGCCCCCCGAAGUCGCGAGUGACCUGGACGUGGCGCCUCUUCCGCCGCUUGAACUUCUGACUACCCGGCUCUGGAGUGAUGGAGUCGACGCGGAAGUGUCUCGGCGAGUUUGCGUGGAUUCCCCGGGCAUGGCGGUCGGGUCGCUGGAGUCGUGGCGGUCCUACUUUUCGGAGAGCUUUCCGGACAUAGCGACGGCCCCUCCAAAUCGAAUCCUGCACAAUCUUCACACCGCAUGCAUGGACAAGUUGGCGGAGGAGAUGUCGACGGGUCCGGGGAGGCUGAAGCUGAAGAAUGAGGUUGCUGUGCGCAGGCACCAGGUCAGCCCAGACAACCCAAAGAGACUUCCGUGGAAGCUUUGGUAG